AUGGAUAACGCCACGUAUAUUUCGGAGAAAUUGGAAAAGUGGAAUAGAGAACUUACAGAAAGUUUAAUCUUGAAUGAUGUAAUAUUGUCUUUAUAUAUGAUAAUGGGACUGUUGGGCAAUUCUACAGUUAUUAUUAUCUACGGUUUUAUGAUGAAAGGCAACAAAGAGGAGAGGUAUUUUAUUCCGUUCCUUGCAGUUGUGGACCUUUGCGGUUGUCUUGUUUCCUCUUCAUCCGCAAUUGCUCUCAACAUGAUGCAGGCGACAUUUUACAACAUUUAUGCGUGUAAAGCUGUGCAUUUUCUCACAAUGUUUCUCACCUUUACAUCAGGCCUCUUCCUUUUAAUCAUUGCUGUACACAGAUAUCUCAAGAUCCGCAAGCCGUUUGGAAAACAAAUGACAUUGAAGUGGAAACAAUUUGCAAUGUGUUUGAGUUUGAUAACAGCACUUACAUCAUCUUUACCUAUGAUCUAUUUUUUUGGACUAGUGCCCUUUCCAAAUACCAAAGAAGGGAUUAUAGGAUGGCGAUGCAGCAGGUUAAAAUCGGCCAAUAAAACAUUGUCUUUGAUAUUUGGAACCUUUGUUGUUAUAGCAACAGUCACUGUAAUGCUUUCUCUACUUAUUCUAUAUUCCAAAAUAGGAUAUACUAUUCUGCAACAUUUCAACAUCACCAAUGACAAAAAUAAAAGUUGUUCAGAGGCGGAAAUUACCGACGUGGAUCAAUUUCAGAAAAAGAUCUCAACCCAAGAUGAUCCCUUAAGUGCAAAAGAUAAUAAAAACCAUCCCAUUCAAUUGGACAGCAUUAAAGUAACUGGUUACAAUUCCAGUGAAACAGACGACACGAGAUUAUCCGGUAUGAAUUCUCCUGAAACAUCUGCAAAGACUACACAGAAAAUUUCUAUUAAAAUAACGACAUACAGAGGAAACACAAAUCAGCAUGAUAGUAAGUCAAGUGUUAUACAACGAAAGAACAAACAAAAUCGGAGAGUUGUGUACAAGUUGACCCUGAUGUUUAUGCUCAUAACUGUCAUUUUUCUCAUCUGUUUUAUCCCAAAGGUUAUCAUUAUGCUGCUAGAAGCUAGGAAUCCAAAAUUCUUGGAGGAACUCUUGGAUUCUGCAAGAGCUGGCAUUUCGUUUGUGUCUCGAAUGUACAUAAUAAACUAUAUCACAAAUCCAUUCAUUUAUGCAUUCUUAGACAACAAGUUUGCAUGUGAAGUCAAGAAAUUGUUUGACAAAUGUAGAGGAAAAUAAUGUAGUGAAAGGAAUAGUCACUCAUGUGAGAUGUGACCCUUAGGAUCUGUUUAUUUCGAGAAACAUGAAAAAAGCCUAAUUUCUAAUUCUUCUGAUUUGAUUGCAAUGAUUCAACA